AUGAUAGUCGCAUCCGACAUACUCGCUGAUAUUGUUCGUCCUUGCAAUGGGUGUGGUUUAAACUUUGACACCCGUCUUCAUGCACCGCACAUUCUUGCUUGCUCCCAUACGUUUUGCCUGAUGUGUCUUUCGAAAGAAGAGCAACGUAAAAAGAGGCACUGUUUUGAAUGUAAAGCAAAAUAUAAUAAGUUUUCACCAAAUACAUCGCUAUUAGAUGUUAUAAUGCGGAUUGACGAGCGUCGCCAGUGGAUGGAGACCGAAUUAAGACGUUGCGACGAAUGCGACAGUCGAGUUGCUGUAAAAUCACUUCGACAAUGUGAAACGUGUGAAAAUGAAAUCAGAAAUCGCUCAGAAUUUCGAUUAGAGUGCGUUGUAUGUUUAGAAUGUUGUGUAAACUCGCACAACGGACAUAGUCUGUUUCGCAUUCCGUUAUCCAGUGACACACCACCCACGCAUAUUCGAAAAUCGAAUAGUGAGGGCCGGAAACGCCAGCCUUCAUCAUCGUCGUCGAUGUCAGUCAGAUUCAGAUCCUCUGAACAAUCCAAUAGACUAAGUGCCAGAGGAAUCAUUAAAUCGAUUAAAAGUUGGUCGUUUAAAUCGUCUAAUACUGGAUUCUCAAUUGUUCUCACACCAACGAAGCUGACGUUUGACGAUGAAGAUCUUGUGCCGAUGCAUCCGCAGCAAGCUCCUGGUGAGCAUUACCAAAAUCAGAUGGGCAUGAUGAAUGCCGGCGGACAGCAGCAACCAGGUGGAGGAGGACCGAUGAGAGUUCAACAAGUGCAGCAAGUUCGAGCUGUUCCUUAUUCGAUAGCACAAGCUGGUGGACACCAGCAGCAAAUGAGAAAUAUUCAACAGAAUCAGGCUCAGCAUUAUUCUCCAAUUAAUAUGAAUCAGCAAAAUCAGUUUUCUGGACAGCAGCCCAUUCAUAUUUCAAGUCGGCCUCAGAUGCCUCCGAAUCCGCAACAGCAAGUGCAGCAACAACAGCCGCCGCCGCCACAGAUGGCUGGUCCUUCAAUGCAAAUGGGACACAUGCAGCCGCAACCGAUGGGUAUGAAUCAGGGCCCACCGCCUCAACACAUGAUGCCCCAACCACACCAAUUUCCACCACAUCCAAUGCAACAACAACCGCAGCAAACGACGACAAUGCAGAUCAGUGCUACCUCAGCCGGAUGUAUUCUCGAAAAAGCGAGACUCGACGAGCUCAUGUUGCAAAUCAACAAGAAUACAGUACUGGAAGAAUCUGUCAAAGAUUGUCUUGUUGAAUACGCUGAUGAUUUUGUAACUUCGGUUAUCGACAAAGCUUGUAAACUUAUUAAACAGCGAGGAAGUCGAAAAAUAGAAGCUCGAGAUAUUGAAUUUAUUUUGAAGAAUGUCUACAAUACGCCCACGGUUCCACGAGCAAUGGUUCACACAUUUGGUGCUCCCGAAACAAUUGAAAUAGAUAAAGAACGAAACGUGGCGACAGACGCCCAUAAACAGCGAAUGGCUAUGCUUAAAAAGCAGCUUCGAAAGAUUUAG